UCUCAAAAAAACGCUGAGAGAAUUAAGGAAAUUGUUGAGACUAGACACGUCCAUAAACUCGCUAAGUUAGGCGCUACAAACAGUAGCGAUUACAUCGACAAGGGCAGAUGGGUAGUCAACUUAUCCGGCCAUCAACUAACACCUGCCGAGACAAGAGUCCUACGAUAUGGUUUUAAUUUUGCACCAGCACCGAAAGCAACACCUGUACCAAAGAUCGUAGCGAGUAUAGAAUCUGGAAUUCGAGACCUCCCUGAAAGUAACAAAGAAUCCGUACGCGCUACUGUCACAAACAUUCUGAAAUACAGCAAACCACCAACAACUUGCAACCUUUCACGCCAACAAAAGCUCGCUUUGAAAAACCUGCGCGAGGAUAUCACAAUUAUCCCUGCUGAUAAAGGAAAAGCCAUCGUCGUCAUGGAUAAGGACGACUACACAAGUAUCAGCGACUUAUUGAGUGAUAAAGAAACGUACUUAAAAAUCACAGAUAGACGAAGAAGACCAGUUUCCAAAGUAGAAAACUCACCAACAUUAAGGAGACACCCUCAGAACAUGAUCCUGAUAAAUCUCAAAUGCAUAAACACCUUUACCUGCAUCUCCUCUCCACUGAUGGCACACCAGCAAGAUUCUACGGACUGUCUAAAAUCCACAAACCUGCCGUACCACUUCGCCACAUUACAAGUUGCAUUAAUUUCCCGACAUACAAACUCUCGAAACACUUUGUCAAAAUAUUAA